CUUCGAUACAACCGGACGCUUCCGGUUCAUCCACGUCACCGAGCCGCGCUAUAACUUCACGUGCGGAACACGUUGCUUCUUCACACCACAGCUGUUGAUGCGUCUGAGCAUGUCGGGGAGAAGUAGCAACAUGUCACAAAAUGAAAACCCGGCGGACGGACCCCCUGUGGAGAGAUCACGGACCACGUACCAGAGACUGUAUCCGUCCCUGCCCGACACAGACAGGUUCAACGUUUGUGAGGCGGCAGAAAAGCUUCACACGGCUGCAGUUAAUCCCCCCGGCAGAACCCCUCAGUCACAGGCGUCAGCGGGAGGCAUGAAAGCACAGAUGCUUCUUUUGGAGGAGCAGAAGCAGGAGCUUCUGUCUAUUAACACAAAAUGGGCAAAAGAGUACCGCACCAUGGCGCGGUACUACAAAGCGAGGAUCCAGCAUUUAAAUGAACUACUGCAACGUGGCCACUCUGGAGAGGAGAUGUGCGAAGAGGGAGGAAAUAACCAUAAAGAGAAUACUGAAGACAAGUUACUGAAGGAGGCAGAGGGGCUGCGAGCACAAAACAGCACUUUGACACAAAAAGGGCAGCGUCAGCAGGACGAGAUCAGACGACUGAACAAGGCUCUAGAAGAAGCACUUAAGACUACUCAACCUCUCAGUGUGAGCAGUGAAACGCUACAAGAUGUGUGGAAACAUCAGGCAGACGUCUACAAAGAAGACUUUUUGAAGGAGCGCAGCGACAGGGAGAAGCUUAUGGAGAAGCAUCUGAAACAAGAGAAACAGUUUAGAAAAGUUCACAGUGAACUAUGUGCCCUCAAAUCUCAGCUGAGGUCACCGCAGCCGGUACUCGCCGCCUGUCCACACCGUGAGGUCCGGCUGCAAGGAGGCCUCCCGCUCCACAGCAAACCCUGAGGGUCCACGACGUCCUCGCUCCUUCGCUCCAGGACGUGAGCUCCGUUCCGUUUCAGUCAUGGGACCGUUUAGCUUCAGGAGGCCGAUCGAGCGGCAGCACGACGCGAAAAACUCACUUAAGCACCCUGUGAAACAGAAAUGUGUCCCUCCCAGUGUAAACGCUUCCCGGGAGGAGAAAAGCAGCACUGAGGGGGGGGGGGGGGAACACUCUACCCAUCGCGUGCAAAGUUCUGUUACGUCAGCCGUGAGGGACACAUCAUCUAUUGCACUGCAAACACUAUUGACUUCAUCCAAAGUGCAACAUGGAUGAGGGAGCUCCUUGCCACCACACAGUGCAGGAAGAGGACCCGACAGACAACAGUCGCAGUGCAUCAUGGGAGGAGGCUGACGUCGGAUCACCCGCAUCCAUCUGGCGUAUGAAGCAGCUCUGUGGAACGCACUUUAAGAAGAUGGAUAACGAGCGCCACGUGGCCAAGUCAUCCAGCAUUACCUCGUUAACACCCAAGGCCUUUCAGAGGAGAGAUAGAGGUCGUGGGAAGCGACCCCAAAUUAUAUUUGAUAAUUUAUUUUAAAGUACAUUUUAAAAUGUUUGUUUCCUCAGUGUUUUUGUUCAUCAUAAACAAAAUAAAGCGUUGAAUGUC